GAACGCAGCAGCGAUGCAGACCUUGCUCGAGUUGGAUCCGCUCCUGGCCUCCAGGGGUGGGCUCCCGCCUGAGUGACGUCGAGGCGGACCAAUCGGAGCGGGGGCGCUGGCCACGGGGCCCAAUCGCAGAAGAGCCUUGCAGCCCCGUGUUCCUUCCCACCUGCCAGGCGGGCUGCCGGGCUGAGUCACCCGGCGAAGCCUCCGUAGGGUCCCCUCGGCCCUGACUGCCGGGAGCUGGGAGCCGGCGCCACCCACUGAUCGCGGAGCCCGCGGGCCGCCCCGGCCACUGAGGAGCCGAGCAAGGGCGGCACGGAGACGAGACCAUCGCUCUUCCUAGAAUUCAACUACCUACCUGAGCAGCAUGAAGAUUUUAUUUGUAGAACCUGCCAUUUGCCUUAAUGCAUUUGCCAUUACUUUGAUCACUCCCCUGACAACACAGUAUGUGUACAGAAGAAUAUGGGAAGAGACAAGUAACUACACUAUUGCAUUUGGUACCAACAUUUCUGAAUGUGAGAAAAACAAAAGCAGCCCAAUUUUUGCAUUCCAGGAGGAAGUUCAGAAAAAAGCUUCUCUUUUUAAUCUGAAGAUGGAUAUUAGUGGAUUAAUUCCAAGUCUAGUAUCUACAUUCAUACUUCUGUCUAGCAGUGAUCAGUACGGACGGAAAUUCCCUAUGAUUUUGUCCUCUAUUGGUGCUCUUGCUACCAGCACUUGGCUCUGUUUGCUCUCUUAUUUUGCCCUUCCAUUCCAGCUUUUGAUUGCAUCUACUUUUCUUGCUGCACUUUGUGGCAAUUCUACCACGUUUUUUGGAGCCUCUUUUGCCUAUAUAGUUGAUCAGUGUAAAGACCAGAAAAAGAAAACAAUUCGGAUAGCUAUAAUCGACUUUCUUCUUGGAUUUGUUACUGGACUAGCAGGACUGUCCUCUGGUUAUUUUAUUAGAGAACUAGGUUUUGUGUGGUCGUUUAUAAUAAUUGCAAUAAUUCUUACUGUUAAUUUGAUUUAUAUUUUGUUUUUUCUUGAUGAGCCAGUGAAAGAGUCUUCAUCUCAGAGUGCUUCUUUAUCAUGGAGUGAAAGCUUAAAAAAUAUUUUUUACCACACUUACGUGCUUUUUAAAAAUGCUUCUGGUAAGCGACGAUCUUUGCUCUGUUUGUUACUUUUUACAAUGCUCUUUUAUUUUUUGGUGAUUGUUGGUGCUUCCCCUAUUUUUACCCUUUAUGAGUUAGAUUCACCACUCUGCUGGAAUGAAAUUUUUAUAGGCUAUGGUACAGCUUUGGGUAGUGUCUCUUUUUUGAGUAGUUUUCUAGGAAUAUGGCUCUUUUCGUACUGUAUGGAAGAUAUUCACAUGGCCUUCAUUGGAAUUUUCACCACCAUGGUAGGAAUGGCUAUGACAGCCUUUGCCAGAACAACACUGAUGAUGCUUUUAGUCAGGUUACCAUUCCUUUUCGCCAUUGUACCACUCUCUGUUCUACGGUCCAUGAUGUCUAAAGUAGUUCGUUCUACUGAACAAGGUACCCUGUUUGCUUGUAUUGCUUUCUUAGAAACACUGGGUGGAGUCACUGCAGUUAUUGCUUUCAAUGGAAUUUACUCGGCCACUGUUGCUUGGUACCCAGGCUUCUGCUUCCUGCUAUCUGCUGGGAUACUACUAAUUCCAAUGAUCAGCCUGUGUGUUGUCAAGUGUACCAACUGGAAUGAAGGAAGCUAUGUACUUCUCACACAAGAAGAAUCCAAUGAAGAUACUUCAGACAGUUGAUCAAUGGUGAUAAAGGGGAAAAAAAAGCCAAAUACACAUGCCAUACUCUGACUUCUGAAGAAUAUGAUCCAGCUCUACAAUCAAUAAUUCAUGAAUAGUCAAUGCAACGUGUCCUUUUUCUAGACUCUACAGUCAAAGAUAGGGCUUCUGGCUCUAACUUCUAAUGCACUUCCAGCACUUUAUAAAUAUCCUACUGCUUCCGAUAUAUGGAAGAACAAAUCUCUAAACAUAACCCACAGAAACUUAGUGAUAUAAAGAGGGGUUAAGAAAUGGAAUGUUUAAAAGCAAUAAUCUCCCUGACAUAUUCCAGUCUCCCAUUGAGACCAAGGAGACCUCUACCUCAGUUACUUCAUCAGCGAAAUGGGUUUUUCAGGAUUUUUUUUAAAAGGGCAUAACUUGAAAAUUAUGACAAAUCAUUUACUGACAGGAAAUGAUGAGAGAAGUUUCAAAUAUUUAUAAUUUUAUCUCCACUUAGAUAAUGCUUUGUUUCAGAGUUCAUCAAAGUACUGCUGAUUGUCAAAACUUUUAGAAGGGAAGCAACUGAAGGCAGGUGGUCAAACACGCAGCUGAGCACACACAUUCCCUCGUGCAAAGACCUGUAUUUGAACAUCCAGUCUCCACCUGCAGGUGUCUCUCUCCCUAUCUCCCCUACCCCUCUCAAUUUCUCUUUGUCCUAUCAAGUUUAAAAAGAAAAAAAGAUAUUUUUUUAAAAAGGGAACGAUUGAAAAAAGUUUUAAUUUUCUUAAUACAUUUUAUCAAUAACAGGCAUAAUACUCCCGUAUGUAGCACAGAGGUGACUGCAUAAGAAAAUUCCUUCUGAAGAAAUGUUAAAAAUAAGUCAACUGCUAAUAGCAAAGGAUUUAAAUUGUGCUGUAUCAAUAACAUAAAGCCAUGGUUUGUUCCUUAUUCUGUAAAAGGUUACCUGUUUCUUGCUGACUUAUACUAAUCCCGGAUUCACCUGUGCUCUGAAAACCCCAGGUUCUCUCUUGCCACUGUCCUUCUGCACUGUGAUUCUACUAGAGAUCAUGACUGUCUCUGUCCCCUACUCCAUGAUUCUAUAACAUUUAAGUGGUUACCUAGGAAGAAUGUGGAGCUGGCAAGAUAACUGCUAGAGAAGACAAGACUACAAUGCACCAGAGAUCAUUCCUUUGGGAGCCACCUUUACCAAAUACUAGGAGCCAUAUUACUAGGUGAGGUAGUGGGUGGCAUAGCAGCCCCUCUGGACUUGCUCAGGUGGCUGGUCUCAGCUGUCUCUCCUCUCCUGCAAUAAAAUCCUUCAGUAAAUCAGCAUGACAGUCUCUAGCUAUUUAUUUACUUUUACCAGAGUACUGCUCAGCGCUAGUUUAUGGUGAUGCUAAAGAUUGAAUUGGGAACAUCAGAGCCUCAGGGAUGAAAGUCUUUUGCGUAAUUCUCAUGCUGCCUCCUCAGUCCUCCAUGGUUGUUCUUGUGCUGGUGGAUAGACUAGAUAUUGGCCUGAGGGACCUGGCAUAACAGUUUCAUUUGCCCUUCCUCCCUUUGAAAGUUUCAAAUCUUAGCCAAGCCACUGUUUCCUCUGUUCAGCCUUCCUGAAAUUUCUCCCCACCUCUCCCUUAGUCCCCGCAGAAGCCUUUUGUAUAAACUCUAGUCCUAGCAUUGGCAUUGCCUUGUUCUUUUCUCUAUUGGAUAAUGAGUACACUGAGGACAGAGGCAAUCUUUGACGUUUUACCGUAUCUUCAAUAAUUUCUGGUUGAACUAAGUGAUGACAAAAUUUUGUUUUCACUUAUAAAAAUAAGGCUACAUAUAUUUUUAAUGCAUUGUGAGGGUGGUAAUCACCGACUUGCCAGGAUACUACAUCAGGUUUUAUUUUUCUAUUAGUGAUUUAACAGUGUUUUACAAAAGCAUAAGAUUUCAGGGGUAGUAAUUUCAAACCCACAGCUAUUAUGAGUCACCACAUCCUCCACCAAAGUUCUCUGUCCAUCACCCAUAAAAUUGCUUUGUAAUAUAUUUUUAUUUCUUUUUUUUUAAGUUUACUAGUGGUUGACAAGAUUGUAAGAUUACAGGAUAUAGUUCCACAGCAACUGUUCUGUAAUAUUUUCACAGAUCCUUCAAAUCUGUCAUUUCCUAAGUUAUUGUAACAAAAAUGUAUUAAAGUACAAUGAGAUAAUUAAUUUCUUCAUAACUCUUUGAAAAUAGGAUUCUGCCUCAUAGUAUGGUUUUGAUAACAUU